AUGCGGAGCCCGGGCGGGAUCCUGCUCCAGGCGCUCCCCCGGCUCCUGCAGCACGCCGCCCUCCCGGACCGCGCCGAGCCGCCGAGCCGCCGGGCCCUGCCGCGGGCGGCGGGCGGGGACGAGCCGGCGGACCGCCUACCCCGCGGGGGCGGGGCGAGCGCGGCGGCGGCGGCGGCGGCCGCGGCCUCGGGCGCCCUGCUCGGCGCCUGUCUGGAGCGCCACGGUCCGCCCGCGGCCUCGGAGCUGCCGGAGCCGGGCGGGUCCUUGGCGGGCGGCCCCGGGAGCGGCGGCGGCGGCGCGGUGGGCGGCGUGGCCGAGGUGAGAAACUGGCGCUGCUGCUGCCUCGGCAGCACCUGUUGGUGCCGGAGCCUCGUGCUGGUGUGCGUGCUGGCCGCCCUGUGCUUCGCUUCCCUGGCCCUGGUCCGCCGCUACCUUCAGCACCUCCUGCUCUGGGUGGAGAGCCUUGACUCGCUGCUGGGGGUUCUGCUCUUCGUCGUGGGCUUCAUCGUGGUCUCUUUCCCCUGCGGCUGGGGCUACAUCGUGCUCAACGUGGCCGCCGGCUACCUGUACGGCUUCGUGCUGGGCAUGGGUCUGAUGGUGGUGGGCGUCCUCAUCGGCACCUUCAUCGCCCAUGUGGUCUGCAAGCGGCUGCUCACCGCCUGGGUGGCCGCCAGGAUCCAGAACAGCGAGAAGCUGAGCGCCGUUAUUCGCGUCGUGGAGGGAGGAAGCGGCCUGAAAGUGGUGGCGUUGGCCAGACUGACCCCCAUACCUUUUGGGCUUCAGAAUGCGGUGUUUUCGAUUACUGAUCUCUCAUUACCCAACUAUCUGAUGGCAUCUUCGGUUGGACUGCUUCCUACCCAGCUUCUGAAUUCUUACUUGGGUACCACCCUGCGGACAAUGGAAGAUGUCAUUGCAGAACAGAGUGUUAGUGGAUAUUUUGUUUUUUGUUUACAGAUUGUUAUAAGUAUAGGCCUCAUGUUUUAUGUAGUUCAUCGAGCUCAAGUGGAAUUGAAUGCAGCUAUUGUAGCUUGCGAAAUGGAACUGAAAACCUCUCUGGUUAAAGGCAAUCAACCAAAUACCAGUGGCUCUUCAUUCUACAACAAGAGGACCCUAACAUUUUCUGGAGGUGGAAUCAAUAUUGUAUGAUUCUAACAAAAUGUAUGAUUGUCAAGAGCCUAGUGUGCUGUCCAAGGUCUAGCAGUCACUUCACUAAUGAGCAGAGACAAGUUCUAACUGUAUUACGGCACAAACAAAACUGACUAGUUUUUAAAUUGCACAAAUUUUUUUUAAAGCAAGAAUCAUUUUCUGGAAAUGUAAGUGUAAAUGUAGAUGCAAUUUUGGCUGCACCUCUUUAUCAUGCCUGUAUUGGCCUGUAGGUCUGCACUUUAGUGUUUUUUAAUUGUUUUAUUUCUGAGUACUUAUGAACAGAGAAAUAACCCAAAUAUUUUUUCUGCUUAGUGUCUUUAUUUAUAAAGUCCAAGAAUAGUCUUAUGCAUCUUUCCUACUUAUAAAGAUGAGUAAAAGUAUGCAGUUUUUAAAUGCAUAAUAUUAUUGGGUGUUCUUUGCUUUGGUAGUCUUCCCAGAAAGGAUGAACAGUGUUUGUUUUGUUUUGUUUUGUUGUUUUAGGCGGGACCACUUGGCUUCCCAUUUCCUUACUAGUUAGAAAAGAGACAUAAACUUUUCAGUUGAAUGUAUUUUUGCAAGCAUCCCAUUGUUGCAGAGCCAUUUACACCUAUUCACACAAGCUUAAAUCCUACAUUGUGGGACUGAAGUGCUCUUAAGAUAUCUUUAUUUUCACUGUGUAAUAUGCAAAGCAAAAAGGAAAUUAUUUAAUGGGUGGUGGCUCAAAAUUAGAACUCAUGUUCUAAUUCAAUUACAUUGGCUUUAUCCUCCUUAGAUCUUUCAUCAAAGGGCUGUCCCAUUGCAAUCUUAUUAAAACAUUUUAUUAAAAUAAACUUUUUUCCUUUUUAUAUUGAUAAUUAGGCUUUGAAAUAAAGAUCCUUUUCCUUUAAAAUGGUGGACUUACCAUCAUUAAAGAUGUCACUCAGGUGGCCUUGUUUGAUCAAAACGCCUUUUUAACAAACCAAGCUUUAAGAUCAUAUUUAUAAUUACAUUGAAGUACAUAUAUAUUUUUCCCCAUAGUCUUCAGCUUUAAAAUUACUAAUAUAAUAUUAACUUAAUGCCCAAUAUUAUUUGCCCUACUAUAGGUAGGCUUACUUUGUUUGUUUUUUUGGUACUUGUUUUUCUCUGAUAAGACUCAGGAAUUCUGAAAUGUGAAAUUAAGUGUCUGAAUUCUUUCUCUUGUAGCAUGAAGCAAGUGUAUUUAUUAAUAGCACUUACAACUAUAGAGUACAAUAAUUCGGCAUAUGAUACAUAUGAAAUAUGUGUUAUUCAUUUAUCACCUUUAUUUUUAAAGUAACUUAAUGAGAGCUUUUUUACAAAUGAGAUUAUAGAUAGUAAUACAAAUUUUCUGGUAGGUAUUUCUUUUUAUUAUGAAGAUUCCAACUUAUCAGAGACCUCUCAUUUGCCUUUUCAUUAGGGUAAAACCUUUGCGCUGAUUUACUAAAAUACAAAGGAAUUCUCUGGAAGCAGAUUAUUCUAGUCUUAUGCUAGAGCUGAAUUUGAUUAAUGCAUAAAUUUUUUGCCCUAUUCAGGUGUCAUUGUUUUUCUUUUUUUUAUAAUGUGUAAGUUUUCUCACCUUUGAGUAACAGUAAAGUUCAUUUAUAUGCCAUACCUAGAACACUUCAGUGCAAAUACUCUAAGAGGUACCUGGGUCUACAGGACAUAGUUGGCCUCCAAAAUCUUCCAUUAUUGGUAGAAAAAAAUAUAUACACUAUUGGAAUAUUCUUAUUCUUUUUUGAAUCCUAAUUCCUUUUUUAGUUUUCUUUUUUGAAUCCUAAUUGCCUAUUUAGAUUUUUUAAUGAUUUUAGUUUAACAAUCCAACCAACAAUACAUUUGAUUGAUUCUUUCUAACUUGACAGCCUUUUUCUUGUGCUUCUUGUUUAUUGGUUAGCUUUUCAUUAAAGAAAUGAUUAUUUAAGAUCACUGUUUUUGUACUUGUUUUACACUUCAUGUAUUUUGAAGUGCAUUUAUUUACUUAGCAUUUGUGACUUGAAUAAUUUCACCAAAUGAAUACUUUUUGGUAGUUCGUAAUGAGUUCUUCCAGUUGUUACACUUUGCUUGUUACUUGUAAUAAAUAUGUAAAGGUAAAAGAGAAAUAAUUUUUCUGUAUUCUGUAUUCAAUCAUAAUUUUAUAUAAUAAAUCAUCCAUUUUUUUUCUUAAAAUAAUAUGGAUUGACUAUUUCUAAACUACUAAUCUAUAGCUGCAGUUUUUCUUUUCUUCAGCAGUUCCAGCCUCCAAGUAAACAGUAGUCCCUUACAGUCAUGCUACUCUAUAGGUGGAUCUGGUUGCUGGGUUUUUAGGUUGUGCUCACUAUAAAUUGUGCAAAGCAUUGCCCUGCCUUACUCAUUCCAUCUCUAAUCCUGCAUCCCAGAUUUAUGGCAGCAACACAUGUCUACAGGAUACUUUUAUGUUGCCCAAAUAUUGCCUUCAGUCAUAUAUACUUAUAAAAUGUCUCUAGUCAUGUAUAUUUAUAGAAAUAAAAUGUUUUAGAUUUCUCAAACUGUUUAAGUAUGGUAUAAAGUUGCUCAGUACACAUUUUAAAAAGCUUAUAAUACACUUAAUUUCCAAAUCAAUCUGAUGAAAAUGUGUUCUAUUUUUAAUUCUUUGGGCCUUUCCCUAAGUUUUACAUAUUUUUUUGUUUAUUAUUAAUGAUUUUAUUUGCUCUUUGCCAAAUUUUGUCAUGUAAAUUAUUUUAAAAUAACACCUUUUAAAAAUGUGUAUAAAUUUACUAACUGCUUUCAUGUCCAUUUUCAUUUGAUCAGCUGAUUUGUACAAUAACUUGAAAUCUGUACUCUUUGGUUUGUGAAAAUAAUAUAACCUAAUCUCUGUCUUCAGAAUGUGUAUUUUAUAUCCAGUAGUCACGGUAGGUUUAUUCAGAGCCAGCUGUGCUUUUCCCUUUAUGCACUUUGAAACCAGCUACAAAUGUUUUUAAGAUGACGUUCCGCUAAUAGGGUCAAGUAUAUGACUAUAAAACAUUUUCCUCCUUGGGAACUAUUAAGUUCAGUAGUUAUUCUUAUUUGCUCUUGCUGUAGCUGAACUAAGUGGUGUAGGUACAAGCGUAUCCCAAGCAUUCCUGUGUUUGAUAAUGUGCAUUGCUGAUUUGGGUAAAAACUUUUAUAUAUCAGUAUUUCUUAGCUCUGGGGCUAUCUUUAGAAUGCUUGAGAGAGUCACCAGGUGUGUGCCAGGUUGGUGCAGGUAAAUCCUUAGAUGCAAGGUAAAUCUAUGCUGUUCACAGCCAAGAAGCAUUUGCAGAGACAAAAAGAGGUUUAUGUGGACUUCAGGAACAACAGUACUAACCUAGGUUGAUAACCUUGGUGAUGGAAUUUUGUUUCAGCUAGAGGCUACUCACUGUAUCAGAAUGAUGGUUAAUAUAACACUCUCUGGGUUUAGAGGAGACAUUGCUGACUUCUGCAAUAAAGUAUUUUAAUAAAAUACUAGUUGUAAUAAAGUAUUUAGGAUAUAAUUUUUUUAUAGAUCAUUGCUUUAAGCUGAAAAGCCAUUAAAGAAGGGAGAGAAAUCACUGUUCCACAGGAUAUUCAAAACUCAGGAGUUUAAAUAACCUCACAUACUGAACAUAAACUGUUAACUUUUUCCACAACUAAAUUAUAACCUGAUACUUCAGAAUUGUAAAGUGAUUGCUGCAAACUUUUUUCUAAGGUGGCUGAAGAUUUAAAAUAGAUCAUUCUAAAAGUGAACAGUAAGAUGUCUUGGUAAUUGGUAUUUCAAAUCACUUGUGUGCCUAAGAAAAUAAAAGGUAAUAUUUU